GUCAACAACGAAGGCAAACCACGACUUUCGAAAUUCUAUUCAAACCAAACCCCAAGCACACCCACAAACCGAUAUCAAACCUUAAAAUCAAUCUACGAAACGAUCUCCAAACGACCUCAUCAAUUAUGUAAUUUUAUUAUAAAUCCAGAAAAUACCGAUCAAACUAUUGUUUAUAGAAAUUAUGCUACACUUUAUUUUGUGAUGAUUGUGGAUGGGAACGAAUCGGAGUUAUCGAUCUUGGAUUUGAUUCAAGUAUUUGUUGAAUCAUUAGAUAAAUGUUUUCCUUCAGUUUGUGAAUUAGAUUUAAUUUUUCAUUACGAUCAAUUACAAUUACUCUUAUCCCAAUUAAUUUCAGGUGGGAUCGUUUUAAACACUUCAUUGGAUUCAAUCGUA